CCCAGAGAGAGGGAGCACUCAAGGCCUAACCACCCACGGUCCAUCUUCUGCAGGGAACAGAUUGAGGCUCCAGGAUCAACAAUGUUUCUCAUCUGUACUUUGGGAUUUCUCCUUGGGAUGUUGGUCCCAUUCUGUGAAGCCUUCGAACCAAGUACUGUGGUCAGAAUUAACCAGCCAGCCCUCGACUAUGUGGCACAGAUGGGACACAGCUAUUUCAAGACUGCCCUGAAGAUCCGACUCCCUGAUAUCCUUGACCCCAAAGAAGGUUACUUCCAACAAAUCCCGGUUUUUAUAGUUGACAACGAUAUUUCCAACUUUAAUUUGACAUUUAUCCCUAAUUAUGGGAUUCGCCUCUCUGGUGCUGGCCAUAUCAAUAUGACAGUUUUUUUAAAGACUAAUCUCCAGAAACUAAGAGUGGGUAUUGAUAUUGGGGCUGAUAUAGUCAUUACUCAAUCCACCAUCGGAUCGCCAUUUGUGGGAGUUUCUUUCUGCAAGUCCAAAAUUAAGGAAAUCAGUGUUACGUACAGAGAAGAUGGGUUAAAAGAAUUAUGGAAGCCUAUGGCGGGAUAUAUUAGGAUUAUCUUACCUGAUAAGCUAUGUUCGAGGCUCCAAUUCCUGAUUGAAGGACUGAAUGUUUAUAUGGGUACACUGCUGGGUCUUCACCCUCUUGGUCCUGAAUCCCAGAUCAGCUACUCUUUGACCCAACUACCUACCAUCACCAAAGAACAUAUGUCGCUGAAUAUCAGUGUCACGUUCUACUUGCUGGGUAAACCGAUUGUUCUCCCUCCACGAGUGUCCUCCUUCUCCCUGCCUCAACAAGUGGGUGCUAAGAAUGCCAUGGUUAACUUUGCACUCCCAAAGGAGCUGUUUGACUCAAUCUACUUCCUCAUGCAGAAGUCUGGGUCCAUUAAUCUAGACAUCACGGGACAGUUGAACUCUAAAAACAAUCAGCUGACCACAUCAGUGCUGGGAAACCUGAUUCCUGAGGUCCGCCGCCAAUUCUCUAAGUCCAUGCCUAUAACAUUGAAGGCCCGGAUCAAUGCUACACCUGUCCCUACGAUCCAGAGGAACAAAACAUCACUAUUGCUCAAUUACCAUUUGGAGGUGUUGGCUGUCUCUUCUAACUCAGCCUUCAACUCUCUCUUCUCUAUGGAUAUGAUUGUGAAUCUGAAGCUCAACAUGAUUGUGUCUGCAAUGAAGCUGCAGGCUAAUGUAUCAUUACUGAAUGACAUUGAGCUCAAAGUGACCUCCUCCAAUGUGGGUGAUUUUGAUCUGUCGAAGGUGAAUCCAUUCAUAAUAUCCGCGGUCAAGAGUCCUCUGAUAGAGCACCUGAAUUCACUCUUUGGCUUGGGAGCUAUUCUUCCUACUGUUGCUAGCGUGAACUACAACACCCCUCAGGUCUUUAUGUAUGAGGGUUAUAUUGUGGUGUCCUGUGGACUUCAAUUCCAGAAGUGA